GCCAGUUCACGACAACAUGAGAGGAGUGAAAGCAGAGGAUGUGUGUGUGCGUGUGUGUGUGUAAUGAGAGUAAAAGCAAAGUGACUUCUGUUUUUUGGUGAGCGCUGGUGGCUCAGUGAGUCUGUGUGAGAGAGGAGAGAGAAGCAGAGUAAAUGUGUGUCUAUGUUGUUGAACAAGACGCUGCUGGGUGUGAUGGCUCUUUUGCAUUAGUACUAGUGCGGACAGGAGAGUUGGAGGCAGUUGUUUUGUGGGACUCGCGAGGAAUGGCAAACUCCACGGUAUCCUUGGAAACGUCCGACUAAAUGAUAAUGGCUGAGAGCAGGCACAGCUGCCCAGUCAGAGAAAAGACCCAACAGAGAGGGGGCGAUAGAGAGAAAAGCGAUGCAAACGGAUGUCAUGGGACUGAAGGCCAGAGCUACUGCACUGUUUCAAGGCCAGGUAGCUGCCACCACCUUCAUCUCAGGCUAUCUGCUGCACUUUGGUGAACUGUAACUGUGACAGCUUCAAACCCGGGAAGCUGAAAAGAAGGCAGUGUGAAAACUGCAAGCAUGGCUGGGUAGCACACGCCCUAAGCAAGCUUAAGGUCCACCACAUGUACCAGAGCAGCCAAGUGGAGAUUGUGCACUCCAACGUGGUGUUUGACAUCUGCAGCCUGAUGCUGUACGGCACCCAAGCCAUCCCCAUUCGCCUCAAGAUCCUCCUGGACCGGCUCUUCUCUGUUCUUAAGCAGGAGGAGGUCAUCCAGAUCCUCAAUGCCCUUGACUGGACACUGCAGGACUACAUACGAGGAUACGUGCUCCAGGAUGUCGCAGGGAAGGUACUAGACAGGUGGGCCAUCAUGACAUUCGAGGAGGAAAUCGCCACCCUACAGCAAUUUCUGCGUUUUGGUGAAACAAAGUCCAUAGUAGAGUUGAUGGCUUUGCAGGACAAGGAAGGCCAGGCAGUGUUGGUUCCCAGCACCCGCACCAACUCAGAUAUCCGCACUUUCAUUGAGCGCAACACCCCACGCACUGCUGCCAGCCUCUCUACAUCCAAAGCCAAUAAGUUAAGCAGUAACAGCAUGCACCACUUUGAGAACUUUAUCAAUAGCAUGGCCUUCAUGCUGCCAUUCCAGCUGUUAGGCUCUGUUCCUGCACCAUUUCUAGGCUCACCAACAGGGACACUGCAGCAGCAGCAACACCAACAACACCAGCAACCAUGCUGUGGGUCCUUGGAGCAGCAGAGCCAAAGACGAGAUGAUCUAGGGCGGGAUGAUCUAGGGAAGGACAACCCUCUUUCACGACCUCCAGAAAGCAGUCUGCGAUGUUCCAGCUCUCUCUCAUUCACAACUGAUCUAGAAAGAGGUGGAGACAAAACAAUAGACAACCUCUCCACCACCACAAAGAUUGAAGCAGAAGACUUCUCCACUAGUGACAACUACUCCGACGGACCCUCCACGCCAUGCACACCUUCCAUGAGCUCUGAUGUAAUGCAGAUGUCACCUGAGGGGAAACUGCGCUCCUUGGAAAGGAACGGGAGCAGUGGUGUGGGGGUCUCAGGUGGGUGCGUAGGCUCCCUGAAGAAGGGUCGUGUAUUUUGUAAUGCCUGUGAGAAGACAUUUUAUGACAAAGGCACACUGAAAAUCCAUUACAAUGCAGUGCACCUAAAGAUUAAGCACAAGUGUACAAUCGAGGGCUGUAACAUGGUGUUCAGCUCGUUGCGCAGUCGCAAUCGCCAUAGUGCCAACCCAAACCCACGGCUACAUAUGCCCAUGAAUCGCAACAACCGUGAUAAAGACCUGCGGGGCAGCAUAUCACCUGAUGAAAGCUCUCAAGGAGAAAAGAGGCCUGAAUAUGGCCCACCCAUCCCUGUCUGCUCUGCAGAAAGCCAUAAAUCUGUGUCCAGCUACAUGGUGAGCCACGUGGAUGUUGGCUCUAAGCUCCACAGUAGCUCAUUCUCCAGCAUGGGCCAGAGUGGCAUUCUCUUUCCUAAUUUGAAAACAGUGCAGCCAGUCCUGCCUUUCUACCGCAGUCUAGUAACUCCAGCAGAGCUUGCCAACACCCCAGGCACAUUACCCUCUCUUCCUAUGUUGUCCUCCUCUGUACCUGUCAAACCCAUCACAGCCCUUGAACCCUGCAUGACAGACCCGAUACCAAAGAAAAAGUCACGGAAGUCUAGCAUGCCAAUAAAGAUAGAGAAGGAGGCAGUGGAAAGAGAUGAUCAGAUAGAUAAGGAGAGCAGCUCUGAGGAUGACAUUCCCUUACAUAGCAGGGAACAGGAUGAGUGUGACAGUAUCCGAGCUGAAGGGCCUUUGUGUACAAGACCAGGUGGAGAGGAGAAGGAGGUGAAUGGGGCUUACACUGGUGAAAAGAAGGAGAGGGACAGCCCUAAAAACCUGUUGGACCAAACCUUAGAUAGAGAAAUGACAGAGAGAAUCAACAAAGAUGAUAGGCCAAGGCAAGCUGAAACAGAGGUAAUCACCCGUUCAUCCUCCCCCUUUGGAAACAGACUGAUGGAGAACCACUGUGAAAACAAUUUACUAUGUCAGGAACCCGAUGAAGAAAGGAUAGACAGGGAACAUGCUAACUCACUAUAUGCACCUGACCAAAUUUCAGAGCUCAAGUGGGGCGAGGGUGAGCAUAGGGUGAGAAAUGGAGGCACUCUCCAGCUCAUAGACCAAGUCAGGGAAGAGGCUGAUGGCUGUGUCGAUGAUUAUAGUGACUCAGGGUUAUCUCACUACGAACCCGAUGCUGACCUGCAACACCACUGUGAAAUUUGCAGUAAGACCUUUAAGAACCCCUACAGCGUCAAGAUGCACUACCAAAAUGUCCACCUGAAGGAGAUGCAUAUGUGCACAGUGGAUGGCUGCAAUGCUGCCUUCCCCUCCCGCAGGAGCCGAGACAGGCACAGUGCAAAUUUGAACCUGCACCACAAGCUACUGACCAAAGAAUCCUUCAGCCCAGCCAGCACACUCUACUUGCCCUCAUCCCACAGUAGAGACAGAGAGUCUGUUUGCCUGGAUUACAGCCAGGACCGGGAUAGAGACCAGGCCCAUCGAGACCCAACCAGCCACACCUCUGUCAUCUUCCGAGGACACAACCGCAUGGGUCUGGUCUUCCCCAUGAGCAAAAUGUGUACUGCGCCAGACAGUGCUGAGGCAUUGCCCUUAGGAGAGAUGGAGGGGUUAGGAGGAGGAGGGGGCGGAAGUGGGGAGGAUGGAGCUGUCCUAGACCUGAGCACCUCUUCUUCUGCCCCACCCCGUGGCAGCAGCAGUGCAAGAUCUUCCUGGGACUCUGAUGGAGCCGGCAGUGAGGAAAGGGAAGGGGUUGAGGAGAAUGAGAUUCUCCCCAUGGAGGACAGCGAUGAAAGCUGCGAUGGGAUUGGCAUGGGAAGGCCUGGGGGCGAAGAGUUGGUAUUCGGGGGAGAGAGGACCCUCAGCAGCAUUGUGGGAGGACAAGGCGGGCUUCAGGGAGGUGGGGGUGGAUCUCCAAUAACCUGCCACAUCUGCCAAAAGGUCUAUAGCAACAAGGGCACAUUCAGAGCACAUUAUAAGACUGUCCAUCUACGACUGCUUCACAAGUGUAAAGUCCCUGGCUGUGAUACUUCUUUCUCCUCUGUGAGAAGCAGAAACAGGCACAGCCAGAACCCGAACCUACACAGGAACCUCGCUGUCAGUUCAGGUGCCAUAAUGGACCAGGAGUAGGGUCUUAAGACUGAUUUCCUUUGUCCUAUUUGUCUUGUUAUUGUUGUUGUUGCUGUUGCUGUUGUUGUUUUCUUUUGGGGGCACCUAAAAACGCUAACCAAUUAGCACUUUUUAAGUCUGUAAUAUCCUGAUGUCAUAAUUUGUAAAAACAGAGAGAAAAAAAUCAGGAUUUCAUUUGUUGCAGCAAACACAAUCUCCUUUUGGAACAAUCAGCUUUGUCUGCAAAACAAAUGUUGAUAAAGCAUUACAUACAUCUGUAUACAUAUCAACAUGCUAUUUUAAGAACAACUGAAAGUUACAGUACAUUAAUUUUCAGUCUCAAUAUUUCAUUGAAAUGCAGUACUGAUUUAUCCCUGUUGUUUUUCCUUAUAGCUCAGUUUAUACAUUAAAAACAAAAAAUGUCUGUGUUGUCCAAAUAAGAGUUAAAUCAUGACACUGUACAAUGAGACUGUUUUUCUUCCAGUUUUUUUGUUGUCAGAUGUCCACAUUGUCACUGUGAAGCUGUUCAUUAUGCAUUGAUCAAACGCAGUAGUGAAGUAACGUCUCCAUCUGAUGUUUCAUUCAUGUGGAUAAUGGUCUUCAAAAAGAGUCUUUGUUAAAAAGCUAUCAUGUUGUGA